CUUGAAUAAAAUAAAUUCCAUCAUCUUUAUUGUCCUAUACUAUAAAACCCCUCCUCCAGUAUCCUCUUCCAAGAUUCAAAAACCCAAAUCAUAAAAAUAUCCAAACGAAACUAAAGUCGAAUGGAUCAACCAAUAUGGAAGGAGUUACUGCCGGCGAACAUUCCGGUGUAUCGCCGGAGUUCAAGCUUCAUAAGUCUCAUGUCAUGUCUAACGGAAACGUGGGGUGACUUGCCACUUAAAGUGGAUGAUUCUGAAGAUAUGGUUAUUUAUGGGCUCCUGCGUGACGCCGUUAGUGUUGGAUGGACGCCGUUUAACUUCACUGCCACGCCGAGUGAGGUUAAAACCGAGCCAUGGGAAUCGACCGAGCCAGCUGCGAGCCCGGGCUGGGCGGCUGAUGUGGCUUGCCUGGUGGACACUGCGGCGGCUGCACCGGCGGCUGUGCAGUCUAAAGGGCGGCACUAUAGGGGAGUCAGGCAACGACCGUGGGGGAAGUUCGCGGCGGAGAUAAGGGACCCGGCUAAGAACGGCGCAAGGGUGUGGCUCGGAACAUACGAGAGAGCCGAGGAAGCCGCUAUUGCUUAUGAUAAAGCGGCUUACAGGAUGCGCGGCUCCAAGGCGCUGUUGAAUUUCCCUCACAGAAUCGGCUUGAAUGAGCCGGACCCGGUCAGAGUUACGGGGAAGAGAAGACUGCCCGAGCCGAUUGCAUCCUCCCCGGCUUCUGGAAGUGGCUCGCCGAAGCGGAGAAGAAAAGUAGCCGCGGCUGUGAACGCCGAGUCGGAUGUUGAGAGCCGGUCAGCCGAGUGCCAUGUUUGUAUAUUUCCGGUGGGGCAGCAGCUUAUGGUCAGCCAGAUAGCUGUUUAGCUGAGUUGACUGCGGAGGCGCGUUUGGAUGGAGGAAUGGAAUGUACACAUUAAUACUUUACUCAAUUUUGAUACACAAUCAUCUUUUCUCUUAUUUUUAUUGUUUGCUCAUCGUGGCGAACAAUAUCUGUAUAUUAAAUUAGACUACCCUCGGUGGAAAAAGUGUGUGUACAUAACAUAUUCUAGGCAUUUGAUAUGUGAAUAGUCACUUCUUAAAAAUUGAUUUAUUUGCGUAUUUACAUAAUUAAAUUAAGAUAAUUGUUCAAUCAAAA